CUCACUUCUUCUUCGUCUUCUUCAGUUUCUCAAUUCGAUUUUAAACUUUAAAGUCAACAUUUUUCUUUCUUUCUUUCUCAGUUACCGAGACUCAAUUCAGAAUCUCUGAUCUAAAGGGCUCUUUUUUAACUAGAAGGGUCCCAGAUGGCAGAACCAGAAGAGAAUGGAGCGCUAUUUCCCAUUUUUAUUCUGACAAUAAUCGCGAUUCCAUUGGUGCCUUACACAUUCGUGAAGCUAAGCCGCGCUUUCUCGAAGAAACAAAGAAGCAUACAUUGUCAAUGUCUUGAGUGUGAGCGUUCAGGGAAGUACAAGAGAUCAAUUUUUCAAAAGAUCUCUAACUUCACUUCAUGUAGCAACUUGACUGUCGUGUUACUCUGGUUUGUAAUGAUCUUCUUGAUUUAUUACACUAAGAACAUUAGCCGUGAGAAUCAACUCUUUGAGCCAUUCAGUAUACUUGGAUUGGAACCUGGUGCUUCAGAUUUAGCAAUCAAGAAAGCUUAUAGAAAGCUCUCUAUUCAAUACCAUCCUGACAAAAAUCCAGAUCCAGAGGCCAACAAAUAUUUUGUGGAGUCCAUAGCUAAAGCUUACCAAGCUUUAACUGAUCCGUUAUCCCGAGAAAACUUUGAGAAGUAUGGUCAUCCUGAUGGCAGACAGGGUUAUAAACUGGGAAUUGCUCUUCCUCAAUUUAUCUUAGGCAUAGAUGGAGAUUCCGGUGGGGUAUUGUUGCUGUGUACAGUUGGUUUAUGUAUUCUCUUGCCGCUCGUGAUCGCCUCGAUCUAUCUCUGGAGAUCAUCAAAGUAUACCGGGAACUACGUUAAGCUUCAAACUCGUCAAGCAUAUUACGAGUCAUUGCAACCAUCUUUAACACCGAGCAAAGUUAUGGAAGUUUUCGUCCAAGCAGCUGAAUACGCAGAGAUUCCUGUUCGUAAAUCAGAUGAUGAAUCUUUGAAGAACCUUUUUACUUCUGUCAAAAGCGAGCUAAAGCUAGAUCCUAAGAAGAUGAAACAAGAUGAAGCUAAGUUUUGGAAACAGCAUCCUGCAAGUAUCAAGACUGAGCUAUUGAUACAGAAACAGUUAACUCGUGAAUCAGCCGCUCUGUCUCCGACUCUGCAGCAGGAUUUCAGGCGUGUUCUAGAGUUUGCACCGCGUCUCCUUGAAGAUUUAAUGAAGAUGGCGGUUAUACCUCACAAUGAACAAGGACGUGGAUGGUUAAGUCCUGCACUCAGAGUUAUGGAGCUAUCUCAAUGCAUUGUUCAAGCUGUUCCUCUUAGUGCGAGGAAGUCAUCUUCAGAAGGCAUUGCUCCUUUCUUGCAACUCCCUCAUGUCAAUGACUCUAUCGCUAAAAAGAUAGCAUUGCAAGUUAAAUCAUUCCAAGAGUUUCAAGAACUGAGCUCGGAAGAGCGUUCUAAACUGCUCAGAGAAGUGACGGGUUUGUCAGAAACCGAUGUUGUAGACGUCGAAAAGGUGUUGGAAAUGAUACCGUCUCUGAAAAUAGAAGUCAUUUGCAAAACAGAAGGCGAAGAAGGAAUUCAAGAAGGCGACAUUGUGACGGCUGAAGCUUGGAUCACUCUGAAACGUCCUAAUGGACUCAUAGGCGCUGUUCCUCACUCGCCUUACUUCCCUUUCCACAAAGAGGAAAACUUUUGGAUUCUUCUUGCGGAUUCAAACAACGUCUGGUUCUUUCAGAAGGUUAGUUUCAUGGAUGAAGCUGGAGCUGUAACAGCUGCAUCGAAUGCUAUUAGUGAGACAAUGGAAAGUUUAGGAGCAAGCGUGGAGGCUCAAAACAAUGCAGUUAGAGAAGCUGUUGAGAAGGUUAAAAGUGGGUCAAGAUUGGUAAUGGGAAAACUCUUAGCACCUGAAGAAGGUACUUAUAACUUGACUUGCUUCUGCCUUAGCGAUGCUUGGAUUGGUUGUGACCAAAAGACAUCACUGAAAGUUGAGGUCUUGAAAAGGACCCGUGAUUUGGAGGGUGAGUUUGCAGAAGAAGGUAUGGAGGAGGAAGAGGAAGAUGAGGUUGAAGAGGAGGAUUACGAAAGUGAAUACAGUGAGGACGAGGAAGAUAAGAAGAAGAGAGGAUCGAAGAAGAAAGUAAACAAGAAGGGAUCUAGUUCUGAAGACUCGGGAUCAGAUGAAGAUUGAAUAUCAAAAAGGAGUUAACUUUGAUCUGAAUUACAAUACUUUUUGUCUUAAAAGCUUACACAGUGAUACUCAAAAGACUUUACAUUUUUCAUUCUUUGCUGAGUUUUGCAAUCUUUUCUUCUGGUUUUGACAGAAGUAGACUCUUCAAUUUAUGUCUUGUUUUGACU